AACGCAUACACACGCGUCAGCGCCGCAUUUACGAUGGCCACCAUCGCUUCCGCGAACGUCGCGCCCCAGCGCGCGGCCCUCCGUGCCACCAAGGCCAUCGCGCCCUCCCGCGCGGCCUUCGUCGCUAAGCCCCAGCGCGCCAAGCGCGGCAUCAACGUCCAGGCUCGCGCCGCCCUCUACUUCGCGGACGACGUCGAGUACAUCCAGCAGAUCGGCGCCGAGUACCCCGACAAGGGCAUCGCCAACUGGGAGGAGGCUCGCUGCCUCUUCUCCGACCACGGGUACCACGUGCUCGACAUUCGCUGCGACGAUGAGCUCGAUGUGAUUGGCAACUUCCCCCGAGACCAGUCUGCCGCCACCGAGCACCGCGGCACCAACUGGUUCCACCACAUCCCCAUCAUCAACGCCCAGUACCGCUACGAUUCCGAGGCUGGCAAGAAGCUGAUGAAGAACCAGGAGCCCAACCGCGCGUUCCUCGAUCAGGUGCAGUCGAAGUUCCCGGACAAGAACACGAGGAUCAUCAUCUCCUGCUCCGACGGCCGCAACCGCGCCAUCCAGGCUCUCGAGGCCCUCGACGAGGCUGGCUACGUCAACAUCGUCGGCCUCCGCGGCGGUUACAACAUGUGGAACCGCACCUGGGACGCGAAGCUCCGCCGCCGUAACCUCCCCGGCGGCUUUCAGGAGGAGUGGCAGCACGGCGCCGACGGCUGCGGCGUCCACGCCACCGGGGCCUCGUUCCAGAACCAGGAUGCCUUCCAGUACGCGGACUGGAAAGACGAGACCGACUGGAUCGACUGGAGGUAAACUCCACGUCAGUUGCUCGCAUUUCAUGACGCAAGCGCAAGAAGACCCGCGGACCGCGGCGGGUUGUGUGUGAAUUCAAGAAGAGACGAAAAUAAAUCUCUUCGAAUCGCACUGCGCGAGACCGGGGGGAUCGGGGAAAGACAGAGACGGAGCCUUCGGAGUGCGCGGACGUUCGACAGUGCGUCGGCAGCUGCGCGCGGCGAAUGCUUCGGCCCUAAAAGUUAAUAUUCAUAUCGACCUACGUAGCAUCUCA